AAUUCUUUAUUUCUUUAAAAUAAUUUGUCUAUUUGUUAAUGAUACAACCCCCAAAUUUUAUCACUCCUCUUCAGGAGCCUUAAAUGUGUGGCCAGGACACCGGCUUUCCCUAAUGGCUUUCAUCUGCCUUUCCAAGUGAUAUCAAGUGCCAGCAUGCUGUCCCUUGGCCUUAUCAGUGACAGGGGCUUCAGAAGGAACAAGCCCAUUAACGCUAAGUCAUUGCGGAUGAGGGAUAGGUCAGUCACCUCACUCUGUCCCAGCGCCCUGUAAGGACUGCCAAGCCAUAAUGAAAGUUCUCUUACUGAAAGACACCAAGGAGGAUGACUGUGGCCAAGAUCCGUACAUCAGGGAAUUGGGGUUACAUGGACUCGAAGCCACUCUGAUCCCUGUUUUAUCAUUUGAGUUUUUGUCUCUUCCCAGUUUUUCUGAGAAGCUGUCUCAUCCUGAAGGCUAUGGAGGACUCAUUUUUACCAGCCCCAGAGCAGUGGAAGCAGUGGAGCUGUGUUUGGAGAAAGGCAAUAAAACGGAAGUCUGGAAACAUUCUCUGAGAGAAAAAUGGAAUGCUAAGUCAGUGUAUGUGGUCGGAAAUGCUACUUCUUCUCUAGUGAAGAAAAUCGGCCUGGACACAGAAGGAGCAAACUCUGGAAAUGCAGAAAAGCUUGCAGAAUACAUCUGUUCCCGGGAGUCACCAGCAUUGCCCCUUCUGUUUCCCUGUGGAACCGUCAAAGGAGAAAUCCUGCCGAAAAUGCUCAAGGACAGAGGGAUCCCCAUGGAAAGCAUAACUGUCUAUCAGAAGAUCCCACACCCAGGAAUCCAAGUGAACCUCAACAGCUACUAUUCUAAGCAGGGCGUUCCGGCCAGCAUCACGUUCUUCAGUCCCUCCGGCCUUACAUACAGCCUCAGGCACAUUCAAGAGUUAUCUGGUGACAGCAUCCAUCGAAUUAAGUUUGCCGCCAUCGGCCCCAGCACAGCCCGUGCGCUGACCGCCCAGGGCCUGCGUGUGAGCUGCAUGGCCGAGAGCCCCACGCCGCUGGCCCUGGCCAAGGGUCUCCAGGUGGCCCUUCAGGCCCCCAGCUGCUGAGACGGUGACCAUUCCCACUGCGCUGCUGUCCCCGGCCCAGGGCACCGUGCUGCUGCUGCGGGGAAGCGGCGAGCCAUCAGCAGGGCCCCCACGCCUCGGCCUCGUGCCUCUGCAGGGCCCCUGGGGCUGGCGAGAGCUCCUCUGGCAGAGGCAAGAAAACCAAAUAAACCGCCCGGCUCCCGGCACCGACUGUGUUGUC